AUUCAACAAUGCAAUGCAUUUUAAUGCUUCUAGGACGAUAUAUUUCAGGCAGGCUCGAACUAUAAAUGAGCUCGCUAAGAAGGUUUUCAAUCUUUUAAAAGUCAAUCCUGAUAAUUUUGAAAGGGAAUUCUCAGAGACAAUACAAAGGGAUGGUAGGAUGAGAAACCAAAAAGAUUUCAAAGACUCAAGAAAUGUAAAAUUAAGUGAAUCGUCUGUUAGUAUGUCCUCAAAAUACAUAGCAGGUUCGUCCAAUGCUACACCAUACAGGGAAAACUUCAAGUCAAAUCAUGGCCGGUCUGACAUUGCUAAACAUGUCGAUGCCAGAGUUCUUGAGAAUCCAAUGGGUUCUAGAAAUAGCGGGAGAUAUAAAUCUUUUGAAGUUGAUAGGCGAUGUACGUACAGACCUUACAUGUCCCCCAGUGAGAGCGAAUCAAUUUUUCAAACGAUUUAUGGGCAAUUGAAACUCCUCGAGCAAGUUAAUCAGGAAGAUAUUGGGUACAUAGAAAGCUUGAUGUUGUUUGUCAAAGAUUUAGGACAAGAAGUCAAAAACACAGUGAGGAGAAAGUUAUUUGGAUAUGAAAUUUAUACAGGAUCUGCAACGGCCCCGUUGAAACUUAAUACAAUAAAUACAUGUGUUAACAGUAUUAAUUUGGAGAUUGCUGGUGGAAAUAAAGUAGUUUAUAUCAACGAUGGUAUUGAUCAUGAUCAAGUGGAAAUGGCACUAAAUGCUGGCCAAGGGAAAGCUCACAGUCCCUUAAAAGAUAAUAUUCAGGCAAGUCAAAGUAUGCCUAUUGAAUGUGACAAGAGUUAUUGGUCUGAUUUAGAUCACUCAAGAGCUUAUGUUGCUAAAUUAGAUUGUUUGGCUGAUGGGUCCAAAGGAAUAGGAGGCGAGUCUGAGACAAUGUUAUUAGGCCAAUCCAAGUCAGAUAUCAAAGAACAGAUGUCAAAAUCAUCAAUUAUAGAGCAUUCUCAUACAGCAUCGAAAUUGAGGUUUAAAAACAAAUGGGAAUUUCAAACUUCAAGUUUCAAGCAAGAUAAAAUCCAGACGCAAAAUCUGAGGAUGCAACACAUAAGAAGUGAUCAAGAAUAUGUAGCAUGCUCAUUUGAGGCUGGGAAAAUCUUGCAGUCAAACCAAACUAUGCCACUGGCUUCUGGUUUCGUUUUCAAUCUACCAUAUUUGAAGACAAGGCUUGAUCAAAUAAACCCCUCUGAGCACAAUUCGAAAGGUGGCAAGAAGCCUUGCUCUGUUCAAGCAUGCUACACGGAGCAUUGACAUGGAACUGUCUGACUGAUCUGAGCACUGUUAUUUACAGUCACAAUCUGCAAUCUUCUCCUUUCCUUUAAAAUUAAAUGACUUUUUUGAGAUUUUAGGGCCACAUUAAAAUCUAUUCUUUGUUUAAUAAUAUGCCGGUGUAUCCUUGUACUGCAACCAACCAAACCAAGCGGGUGGUUCAAUAUGCCAUACUUCCA